AUGCGACCAACAGGCAGGAUGUGGCAGCGAGCGCUACGGAUCGGCAUGAUCCCUGCGGAUGGCAUUGGGCGUGAGGUGCUGCCUGUUGCGCAGCGUGUCAUGAGUGCUGCGCCUGGUGCGCCCCCGUUCGAGUUUGUGCCGCUCCCCGCGGGCUUUGAGCUCUUCCAAAAGACGGGCGAAGCACUGCCACAAGUGACGAUCGAUACACUGAAGAACGAGUGCGACGGUGCGAUGUUCGGCUCUGUGUCGAGUCCAUCGCACAAGGUCGAGGGGUACUCGAGCCCCAUUGUACGACUGCGCAAGGAGCUCGGCCUCUACGCCAACAUCCGCCCCGUCAGUGGUCCUGUGCUGCCUGGCUCGCCGAUCAAGGUGCCGGUCGAUAUCGUGACGAUUCGCGAGAACACGGAGUGUUUGUACAUCAAGCAGGAGACGCUGGAGGAGACGCCGCACGGCAAAGUGGCGCGCGCCAUCCGCCAGAUUUCCGAGUCGGCGUCUACGCGCAUUGGCAAAAAGGCCCUGGACGUCGCCCUGGCUCGCCAGGCGAUGCGUGCGGCGGCAGGCAGCGCGCAGCAGACGAAGGUGACGAUCUGCCACAAGUCGAAUGUGCUGUCCGUCACGGAUGGCCUGUUCCGCACGUCCGUGCGCCGUGUGUACGACAGCGACAAGAGGGAGCAUGGCGGACAUGGCCGCUACGAGGGCCUCGUACUGGACGAGCAGCUCGUCGAUAGCAUGGUGUACCGCAUGUUCCGUGAGCCGAAUGUGUUUGAUGUCGUGGUGGCACCGAACCUGUACGGCGACAUUAUCAGCGACGGCGCCGCGGCCCUGGUCGGCUCGCUGGGCCUCGUGGCGAGCGUGAAUGCGGGCGACACGUUCAUUAUGGGCGAGCCUGUGCAUGGCUCUGCGCCGGACAUUUGUGGCAAGAACAUGGCGAAUCCGAUGGCUGCCGUGCGCUCAGCGGCGCUCAUGCUCGAGUACAUGGGCUACACGGAGCCGGCGCUGGCCAUCUACCGCGCCGUCGACCAUGUGUUGGUGCAGGGCCAGGCGUGGACGCCCGACCUGCCGGGCGGCACGGCGACGACGUCUGACGUGGAGGCGGCGAUCCUUCGUGCGCUACAAGACUCAUGA